AUGGCGGGAAAUAUAGGAUUCAAUUUUGGUUCAUCUAGUGCACAUUUAUGUCCAACUUUAAAGCCUGCAGUAAAUUUCGAUCCAGAAGGUGACUGUGAGCGAAUGCGUAAAGCAAUGCAUGGCUUGGGUACAGAUGAAGCAGAAUUAAUCGAAGUUAUGGCUCAUAGAUCAGCAGAACAACGUCAAAUUCUUGUACAAAAAUAUCGAUCAUAUUAUGGAAAAGAUUUAGCAGCAAAAUUUAAAUCAGAAAUUAGUGGACAUUUUUAUGAUACAAUGGAAGCUCUGUGUAUGACACCAGCUGAAUUUGGUGCUAGUGAACUUUAUAAAGCUAUGAAAGGCGCAGGUACAGAUGAAUCAGCAAUCAUUGAAAUUCUAUGCACACGAUCCAACCUUGAAUUGAGACAGAUUAAAGAAGCCUAUGGACGUUUAUUCAGCGGAGCAAAUCUUGAACAAGAUAUUGCUGGUGACACUUCUGGUGAUUUUAAACAUAUAUGCAUUGCACUCCUACAAGCAUCCAGAGAUGAAUGUCCAUCAGUUGACGUGACGCGUGCACGUAAAGAUGCUGAAGAUCUUUACAAAGCAGGGGAACAAAAAUGGGGAACGGAAGAAUCAAAAUUCAUUCAAGUAUUUGUCUCAAGAUCUCAUGCUCAUUUGCAAGCCGUAUUUGCAGAGUAUGCAACUUUGAGUCAAAAAGGUAUAGAAGGUGCUUUAAAAUCUGAAUUCAGUGGCUGGAUACUUGAAGCUUUACUUGCUAUUGUUGCUUGUGUAAAUAAUCCAGCAUUGUUUUUCGCUGAAAAACUCAAGUAUGCUAUGAAAGGAGCUGGGACGGAUGAUAGAACACUUAUUCGUAUUAUAGUUUCACGUUGUGAAGUUGAUAUGGGCGCGAUUAAACAUGAAUUUCAUCAACUAACUGGAAAGUCAUUAGAAUCAUGGGUUGAGGGUGAUACAAGCGGAGAUUACCGUCGAUUAUUAUUAGCCCUUAUUAGUGGUUAA